AUGGACAACGUGUCAGACUACAGCGUGGCGUCUCCGGCGCUGUGCGACGACUUGGUGGACUUCUACUCGCUCUCCUCGGGCAACGGCAGCGGCCCGAACUGCACGUUUCCCGCCGACUUCUACUUCUACGCCGACCUGUACGUCCUCCUGCCCAUCAUUUACUCGGUCAUCUGCGCCGUGGGCCUGACGGGCAACACGGCCGUCAUCUACGUCAUCCUCAAAGCGCCCAAGAUGAAGACGGUCACCAACAUGUUCAUCCUCAACCUGGCCAUCGCCGACGACCUGUUCACGCUGGUGCUGCCCAUCAACAUCGCCGAGCACCUGCUGCACUACUGGCCCUUCGGCGAGGUGCUGUGCAAAGUCAUCCUGAGCAUCGACCACUACAACAUCUUCUCCAGCAUCUACUUCCUGACCGUGAUGAGCGUGGACCGCUACCUGGUGGUCCUGGCCACCGUCCGAUCCAAGCGCAUGCCGUACCGCACCUACCGCGCGGCCAAGAUCGUCUCCCUCUGCGUCUGGGUGCUGGUCAUCCUCAUCGUGAUGCCGUUCAGCGUCUUCGCCGGCGUCUACCUCAACCCGGGCGACGGCAGGAAGAGCUGCGUGCUCAGCUUCCCCGCCCCGGAGAGCUCCUGGUUCAAAGCCAGCCGCAUCUACACCCUCAUUCUGGGCUUCGCCAUCCCCGUGUCCACCAUCUGCAUCUUGUACACCGUGAUGCUCUACAAGCUGAGGCACAUGCGCCUCAACAGCAACGCCAAGGCGCUGGACAAAGCCAAGAAGAAGGUGACCAUCAUGGUCUUCAUCGUCUUGGCCGUCUGCUUGUUCUGCUGGACGCCGUUCCACCUCAGCACCAUCGUGGCGCUGACCACCGACCUGAGGACCACGCCGCUGCUCAUCGGGAUCUCCUACUUUAUCACCAGCCUGAGCUACGCCAACUCCUGCCUCAACCCUUUUCUCUACGCAUUCCUGGACGACAGCUUUCGGAAGGCCUUCAAGAAGAUGCUGGAAUGUCGGCCGGCCUGA